AUGGCUUCUAAUUCAAACUGUGGUGCUCUUACAACACGCAGCAUGACUAACAUAUGGCUGAUUGGACAGUUACAAAGUGAACUUCCAGUAAAUGUAUUGCCUACAACAGGUGAUGUCCUGAGAAUGUUUUUUUAUUAUCAUCAAGUAGAAAAGAAAACUGUGCCUGAAAGUGCAAAACUGUCGUCAGAUAAGGUCAUGGACAUGUGGAACAAGGCUAGAAUACCAACAACCUACCAUACUCAUGUUGUAGAAAAAGUAAAGUCGGUAGUUGAUGACUACAAGCUAAUAAAAAAGAACAAAAACAGACAAAGUGAAGCACAACGAGCACGAGAGAAGGAAUCUGAAGAAAAGGAGCACAUGCUGUUUGAUAUUGCUCACCAACACGCCAUGCAGCUCAUCCGAAUUCAGGAAGAUAUAGAAUUUCUUGAAGACCAGAGGGGCAGUCGACGAAUGCAAAUGAGUGGCAUUGAUAAAGACCUGACCAAGAAAGAAGAGCGCAUAGAACAACGUAAAUGCAAAGAAGAAGAGAGAAAAGAGCGAGAGCAGGAGCGGAUGACAGAAAGUACCUCACUACAUUUAUCUAGUUCUGAUGACAGUGAUAGUGAACAGCAGGACACAGAGGACAACUAUGAAAUUGAAAUUCUAGUGUACUACAAAAAGCAGAUCAGUGAAGAUAUGUUGUCGUCGCCAGAUGUUGCUUCAGCACUGGAUAGAAUAAACCUGUCAGAUAAAAAGUUCACAGUAUUAGCAGCAGCCAUUGCACAAGCUAGUGGGCAAGACAUCAGGGAUACAUCUCUGUCACGUUCCACAGUUCAUCGUAAACGACAGCAACAUCGAUCAACCAUUGACAGCAGUAUUCGUCAACAAUUUCAGGAUCGUGACAGAAACCCCCUUCUGGUUCACUGGGAUGGGAAGAUCAUGAAUGAUGAUCCACACUCCAGAACUGAUAGACUGGCUGUUGUUGUGACUGGCUGUAAUGUGGAGAAAAUCUUAGGAAUUGUUAAAAUUGCAUCAAGCACUGCACUAACACAGGCCAAUGCAACUUUUCAGUUGCUCAAAUUAUGGGACGUUAGUGAAGACAUUAUAGGCAUGUGCUUUGAUACUACUGCUGCCAAUACUGGGACGUCAAGUGGAGCAUGUGUUUUGCUGGAGAAACUGCUCCAUAGAAAUCUCUUGCACUUUGCUUGUCGUCAUCAUGUACAUGAAUUGAUAAUCGGUGAAGUUUUCACAGUUCUGUUUGGUCCAAGCCGUGGCCCCAACAUUGGAAUGAUGAACCACUCAUUGCUACAGAUGAUGCGGUCUGACAUAGUACCAUCUUUGACAUGUUUUCUUUCAGCUGACAGCUCAUACAUCCCACGAGAGGAUUACAAGGAGUUGGUUGAACUCUGUCUCUUAGUGCUGGGUUAUCCAAUGCAGACUGAUGGCAAGUACCAUUUCCGUGUUCCUGGAGCAUAUCACAUGGCCAGAUGGAUGGCCAAAGUGAUCUACUGUCUCAAAAUGUAUUUGUUCCGCAAUGAAUUCAAGCUAACAGCAACUGAAACAAAAAGUUUAACUGAAUUCUGCCUAUUUGCAACCCAUAUAUAUGUGCCAGCAUGGAUGUUGUGCCCAAUACCCAGUGAUGCACCAGUCAAUGACCUGCAACUUCUGAGCAGAAUUGAACAAUACUCUGAAAUCAACAAGAAUGUAGCAAGUGCUGCCACUAAAAAGUUGAAGAAUCAUCUGUGGUAUCUUGGUACAGAAAUGGUUUGGCUGUCAUUGUUCUUAAAUAAGGUUGCAAAUGCUGAGAAGCAGUUGAUUGUGGAAGCAAUGACUGCAGUAGAUUCUGACUGGAGUGUGCGAGGUGUCAAAUAUCCUGCAACUGAACUGGAACAGGUGAAAAGCAAACCACUGCAUGAUCUGGUAUCAGUAGCAAAUGUUGUGAAGUCACUUAAGGUCGUUAAUGACACUGCAGAACGCACUGUGGCACUCAUGACAAAUUUUAACCAGUCUAUAACCAAAAAUGAAACAGAACUGCAAAAACUGAUACAGAUUUAUUUGUAUUUAGGAAAUGUAAAUGAUGUGCUCAGCCAUUCCCAGGAGUACGUGGAGGACAGCUUCUCCGAGUUUGUGUGCCUCAUGAAGAGCAAAGGAUGGGUGACAAGUCCUGUCAUGCUAGGCGCCGAUGAAUGGCGAUUUGACAGUUUGAAUUGA